AAAAUCAUGGCGGUCGGUCGGAGUGUAGAUUGACGACGACAGUUACUUUCUUGCAGCUGUUCGUUUGCUGCGUGAUACGUCCGGAGUUACUUGCCAUUAGACAUUGAUCAUUAACAAAAUUAUAGUUCAUAUGUUUGUUCCGUAACAUUCUGUUGUUGAACUCACACGAAUUAGAGAAGUGAAAUCUUGCAACAUUUAACAAAAGAUAUUGCAUUGUGUGCGCUGUGGUUUUAGUGACGUAACUGGAAUUCUCGCAAACUGCCCUCGUGUUUACCGUUAAAGGUCGCCUAUGUGUCGUCGUGUCGUCUAAUGUUUGUGAUUGACGCGUGAACAGCAGUCAAGAUGUGGGAGUUGGACUCCGAUUCAGGGUCGCAGAGCAUGUCGUCCGACGGGCUGCGACGACGUCAAGGAUGGGACCCCGAGGGCGAGAGCUUGGCCUCGCACAUGGACGAGCUGGACGAGGUGCUCGCGGAGGAGGAGGAGGGGUGUCCUUUGCCGUCUACGCCCGAGGAUCAACAUCUGCUCGACGCGGAGAUGGCUGAAGUGUUGAAAGCGGGUGUUCUGUCGGACGAGAUCGACCUGGGAGCGCUAGCUCACAACGCCGCGGAGCAAGCAGAGGAGUUUGUACGCAAAGUGUGGGAAGCGUCGUGGAACGUGUGCCACUUCCGCCAUCUACCCCGUUGGCUGCAAGACAACGACUACCUCCACAAGGGCCACCGUCCGCCCCUGCCUUCCUUCAGCGCCUGCUUCGCCUCCAUCUUCCGCAUCCACACUGAAACUGGCAACAUCUGGACCCAUCUCCUCGGCUGCGUGGCCUUUAUCGGCGUCGCCAUCUACUUUCUCACUCGACCAUCCAUCGAAAUUCAAAUGCAAGAGAAAAUGAUUUUCGGCGUGUUCUUUGUGGGAGCUAUUAUCUGCCUAGGCUUUUCGUUUGCAUAUCACACACUCCACUGUCACUCUGAAAUGGUUGGAAAAUUGUUUUCAAAGCUUGAUUACUGUGGAAUAGCAUUACUCAUAAUGGGGUCAUUUGUUCCCUGGUUGUACUACAGUUUCUACUGCCACUACAGACCAAAGAUUAUUUAUCUGUCUGUAGUUGUUGUUUUAGGAAUACUUUCUAUAAUUGUGUCACUUUGGGAUAGAUUCUCGGAGCCUAGACUGCGGCCGCUUAGAGCCGGAGUGUUUAUGGGCUUUGGUCUAUCUGGGGUUGUGCCAGCUAUUCACUAUGGGAUCACAGAGGGCUGGUUCACUCAGGUCAGCAAGGCAUCAUUGGGCUGGUUGGUUUUGAUGGGUCUUCUUUACAUUCUAGGAGCUAUGUUCUAUGCUCUGCGCGUCCCAGAGAGAUGGUUCCCUGGGAAGUGUGACAUCUGGUUCCAGUCCCAUCAGAUCUUCCAUGUGCUUGUGAUUGUGGCAGCCUUUGUCCACUACCACGGCAUCAGUGAGUUGGCCUCCUACCGGGUGACCGUCGGUGAAUGCACCAUGCCCCCCUCUUCCAUAGCUUUUUAGCCCCUUAUAAAUUGUGAUAGUAGACCAUAAAUAAAUUAGUAGGAAAAUUUCCAUGACUACACACAUAUUUUUUUAACAAUGUUGAUUUUAAUUGCAUUUGGAUAUUUAUUUUUAUUUGUAAACCACAGUUUUUAAAGUAAUAAUUAUGUAUUUAAAAAAAAAACCAAGUGUGAAAUGUAUAAUGAUUGGCUAUUCUAAAGGGCUUAAAACUUAUUUGUUUCAAAAAUGUUUGUUAAUCAUUAUUGUUACAAUUGUUUCAAUAGUUAGUUUCUGAUGUACUUUGCACUAAAUAUUACACAUUUUGUUUCAUUUAGCAAGUAGUUUUAGGACUUUUAGGAUAGUUUGCAUUAUUUUUAAUCCUAGAUCAUUAUUGUACUUAAUAUUCUGUUCUGUACAACAUUUUGUUCCUGCGCAUAGUCCAGUGAUUGUGAUUGAUAUAAAAAAAUAAGCCCAAGAUUCACACAUUGGCCAAUGCCCAUGGUCCCAUUUUCAUGAUCAUUGAAAUUGAAAAUUGUAUUAUUGGUAAACCUCUUGUGCAAGUUUUGAACUGAUUUCUAUGCUCUAAUUACUUUGUAUAUCAUUAUAGCAGUUUUCCAUUUCAUAACUCAUUCUUUAUUGAUUAAUGUGUCUGCAUAAGUGGAUAGUGUACAUUGUAGUUAAUUUGUUGAAUAUCAUACUUAGUUACUGAGUUACUGUAUUGUUACUUGACAGUCUAGGUCCAUACAGCAAUGAUAACCUAAUUUGCUAUUGGAUACAAAGUAUGAAGUGUGUGUAGGUAUUUCUUUGCUUUCAUGCUCUGUUCUCAUAUGUUUCACUAUUUCUUUAUUUAAUGUUAAUUCUGUGAUCAUAUCUUUGCGAAGUCCUUGGAAAAAGUAAUUGACAGAAGUCACAGAAAUAAACUCCAUGCUAAUAUGUUUGCUUUGACUGUCAAGUAAAUACCAGAAUAAUAUUACAGGUCUUCUGUACUUUUUCAAUACAAUUUCUUUUUUAACAUUCCAUCAGUUCAAAUUAAAUAACCAUAUAUUCAGAUAUAUAUUUUGUGGGAUUAAUUUUCUCUGUCUUUGUUUUAGAACUUUUGAGAUUUUAUCACUACAUUUUCAAUUACAAAGCAAACCAUUGAACAAUCACGGGGCUCAUCAACUUUCUAGGAAUAAAAUCAAAUUGUAGUCUCCACUAAAUUGAGCAUAAAGGCCAUAAAGUUAAUAAAAGUAUAUUCUAAAUUGUUGUAAGUGUUCAUAAAUGUAAAGAUUUUAUGAGAAAAAAAAAGGUUACGGAGGUAAGCACAUACCCUUAAAAGCAUACAGUGCAUUGGUAUGAUGAAAAAAAAUGCUUAAGUUAUUAUUACCUAGUAUUAGAUAACUGAAAGAUAUUGUAAGAAUUCAUUAAAAAAAGAGUUAAAAAAAUGUAAAAAAAAACAUUGCUUUAUAAGUUUAUACAUAAAAACAUUAAAAUUUGUGGUUUUGUUAUUGUGAUGAGUGAUCCAACACUGGCAUAUCAAGGAUAGUCAGCUUAGAUUCGACUGACAAUGAAAGACAAUAUUGUCCACGUUGUGUACAGUCACCUGUAAUAAUGUCUUGUACGACGAACAAAUAUUGUGUAGAAGCGGUCAUUUUAUAUAAAAUUGAACACUACACUUUUUUGAGUACCUAUUUUUAUGUUACUUAUAUUUCCAUACCUUUACCAUUUUUCAUAGACCGUCACGGUAACAGAAUAGAAGGAACGAAAAGAUGUAGGAAAAUUUUGUGACAUUUUUUCUCCUAUUAGAAACGAAAGAGCUCGUGAUUCUGACCAGAAAUGACAUCAAAAUUCAAAAAUCGAAAAAAAAAGUGUAGUGUAGUAUAAAAUUUAAAGUUGUACUUUAAAUUUGUGGUUUGUUGUUUUAGAUGCGGUUGUACAUAUUUUUGCAUAUUUCAAAAUUCAACUACCUGUUGAGCUAUGCAGUAUUCCGGGUCCCAUUUUUGACAGGCGGCAGUCUACUAAAAAGCUGUGGAUUUGAAUUCAAACGUUCACCCUGCCACUAGUCAAUAAAACAUAAUAUCAUCGUUUUGUGAUUUAAAGAUAAAAAAAUUUAAUACAUUCAGAACUAGGGUCAGGGGAAUCAGGGAAUACUGCGUAGUGCAAUAGGCAAAGCAUGCUAUUAAAAUUAUAUUAUUGGUUAAUUAUUUCUGAAAAACAAAGAGACCCAGUUUAAAAACUGGUGUUUGGGCACAAUAUGGCUUCACAUAUAAUUUUAAUACAUGUGUCUAAUCAAACUUAUUGUACUGUUUAGAAAUAAAUAGAAGUUAGGGUAUAUCUAAAACUACAAGAUGGUUGCGUAAAAUUAAGCAUUCACCUAUAUUUGUUAAAAAAAUAUAUUUUUGUUUAGCAUUAUUGUUUGGUGGGAUAAAAUUAGUAUGUAAUAAAAUAAAUAAAUUACCAU